UGCGCAAAAGGAUGACAUUAUCGGAUAGCAGUCGAUAUUUUUACAAGUGACAUUUCUAGUAUUCACCAAAAUUUAUAUGCUUACAUUGAGAGGAAAACACCUCUAUUACAGAUAUGGGUUGUGGUGGGAGCACACCACAGUGUCAGACGGAACAGACCCGAAAACUUUCAAUUUUCGGAGGUAAUCCUGUUGUGAUGGAGAAAGGACAAAACGUGACGAUGAGGAGAAAUCCAGGUCCAGUGUUGAUCGUUGUGUUUGGUGGACCAGGGAGCAAGAAAGGACAGAUACUACGUGAUAUGUCACAAAUCUUUGGAUUUGAAAUAUUAAAUGCAGAAUCAAUUUUAUUGGAAAGCAUUAAAGAGGAAUUGGAACCAGAUGAACCACAGACAUUUGCUAAUGUCUAUAAAAUGGUCAAGGCCAAUCCUGAGUUGUUAAGACUGGACAGAUGUUUGAAAAAGAUCUCUAAGACUCUGGAUGAGGCAGAUCCAUCAAAGUGCUACCUCCUGGACCUGAUUCCUAAUAGAAAAUUAUUGUUGUCUUCUAAUCUUUUCAUAAAGGACUGUAACAAUGAGUUCAAGUACUUUGAAACCAAGUAUUCGUUCUCCUGUGCGAUACAUUUGGCUAUGCCUGUGGACAAAAUCAUCAAGAAAUAUCAGAAUCAGUGUGCCCAGAAGCUAGAUGUAAGUGCGAAACCUACUGCAGGCAAGGACGCUGACCCAAAUAAACAGCCAGCAGCGAGUGAUGAAGUCAGCUUUGUUAGAACAAAGUCCAGAGCUACAAAUUUUGACAAUGCCAUCAAAGUGUUUGUCGAGUACUUCAAGUCCUCAGAAAGACUGGUGUAUGUGGAUAUCCAUGAUAAGGAUUCUGAUGAUAUCCUAUCAAGCUUGUGUGAAUUCUUUGCAGGACAGAACUAUUCAGUGCUAGGAAAUUCCAAAACGCUCAUGCUCUUCAACUUAAGUGAAAAUGACCUUGAUAUUCAAGCAGUGCUGAUGGGUGUGUCGAUAGGAGUCCAGACCGUCAAUAUGGAUGAGUUCUGUACGACUAGCCAAAAGCCAGUGAGUUGA